AAGAAUAAGAGAGCGCGAAUAGAACAAGUCCUCGUCAUCUCCAUUGGUACUGCUAAGGAGCCUUGCUAAAUCGUCUCUCGGGGUCCUCCGUCCCGAGCUGCAAGAUGGCUUCCACGACGUUGGCCCCGCCGACGGAGGACGUGGAGGAGGACUAUGUGGGGCACUCCUUUUGGCUGAUUACCGGCAUCCAGCUCGCCUGCUCCCUGUUCUUCGCGCUGCAGGUGUUUUUCGUCCCGCGACGGUGGGUCACGCCCAUGAUCGUGGCGGCGCUGGUCUGCUUCGUUGCCUGGCACCACUAUUUGUACAUGGCGGAAGAGUGGGAAGACAAAAAGAAAGCGCCGACCGUGCUGCGAUACAUGGAUUGGUAAGUAUAGUAUACACUUGAUUCUGCGCAGUCGGAUGGCGGAAGAUGAUGAAAAAUCAUAUUGUUAAGCUUGAGUUCAAGUUCUGCAGCACACCUUCCUUCCUUUCUUUCAUAGUUUUUAAAACAAGUACGGGCGGCAGCCCUUUUUUCAUUCUAAACUGACAUAUGUCCUCGCGUCUGUUGAUGACUCUGAUUGUAGCGUCGCCACCAUCCGCGUCUUCGCACCUGAAUCCUUCCCGGAUAAAAACCAGGUUCAUCACGGUUCCGAUGCAGACGACGUGUUUUUACUUGAUCCUCGCCGCGGCCACGCCCGCGGACAAGCCCCCCGUGCACGUCAGCCUGGGGCUCCGGCUCGGCGGCAGCAGCGUGUUGAUGCUGAUUUUCGGCUACAUGGGGGAAACGGACAUUAUGGAC